AUGUCACUUACAUCUGAUAUCCUCCCACCCCGCGAUUUCAUAGGGUACGGCUGGAAAACGCCAGCUGAUUGUUGGCCUAAUGGUGCCAAGAUUGCGGUGAAUUUUGUCGUUAAUUUCGAAGAAGGCGGAGAAAGCACUCUAGUCAAUGGUGACAAGGAAUCCGAAGGGUAUUUGCACGAAGCUUUUCACAAGAUUCCGCUCAAAGGAAAACGCGACCAACAACUAGAAACUAUGUUCGAGUAUGGUGUCCGGCAAGGGCUACCUCGUAUCAUACGUCUCUUCGAGAAAUACGGGUACAAGUUCACAACCUUUGCAGUGGCUCGAGCACUCGAGCUUGCGCCAGAAUAUGGGAAGCUUCUCCCUGAACUAGGCCAUGAGAUUGCAUGUCAUGGGAACCGGUGGAGGUCAUACAUUGAUAUGCCACCCGAAGAGGAAGCCAAACAUGUCUCGGAGGCAGUAGACCGCCUUCAACAGCUAACAGGAGACCGAAGCAUACCAGCUGGAUGGUACCUUGGCCGAGGUAGCAAUUACUCCAAACAGCUGAUUGCUCGAGAACACCUUGAGCGUAAUCUUCCACUCCUGUACAGUUCAGAUAGUUUCGCUGACGAGUUACCGUUCUGGGUGGCAAAUCCGCUUGCCACCGAAGGAUCGAAAGAUGAUGGCCUCCUCAUUAUCCCAUACAGUCUUGACUGUGACGACCACCGUUUUUUAUGUCAAGGAUCGGGAUGGUCAACGUCUGAUGAUUUCUUCUGGCAUUUGAAGGAAACCUUUGACCAGUUAUAUCAAGAAGGAUUGGAUGGAAUGCCAAAGAUGAUGUCCGUCGGGCAAGUGUACUUCCAAUACCACAGUCUGUUUGAUACUGACGAGAGGUCAGACUACACAACCGAAUCAUCGGUCGUCCAGGUAGAUUUCGUAGCCUUCAGAAGUGAGUCCCAGUUGCCCUCAUAUCAUUGCUCUUCGCGAGGUAAUCCGGGUGUUUUUCGAUGA